AUGGCGCCACCGCUAUAUGCCGCGGGCAAAAUUUCUGCGUAUCCCUUCGCACUGGGCAUUGCCUCAGGUGAUGUGACCGCCAGCAGCACUGUGUUGUGGACUCGACUUGCGCCGCGCCCACUGGCAAUCAAUGGUGGCAUGCCGGAGCAGGGUGUUGCGGUUCAGUGGGUGCUUUCGCAGACGCCAGAUAUGGCCACCAUCGUCCGGCGUGGUGAAUCCAUGACCCAAUCGGCAUGGGCACAUUCUGUUCACGUCGAAAUAGACGAUCUCGACGCCGGCCGGGAGUAUUGGUACCAGUUUCGCGUGGCGGGCCAUGUAUCGCCCAUCGGUCGUACAAAGACGUUACCUUCGGGUAACAGCGCGAUGAACAGUGCGCGUUUUGUCACCGCAUCCUGCCAGAACUAUACCCACGGACACUUUGUGGCUUAUCGGCAUAUGGUUGCUGACAACCCGGACUUUGUGAUUCACCUCGGCGACUAUAUUUACGAUACCUCGUUUGGCGAGACCUUCCGGCAACACGACACGGAAACAGCACCGACCACGCUGGAUGAUUUCCGUCGCCGGCACGCUCUAUACAAGACGGACCUGGAUCUGCAAAACGCGCAUGCUCAGAUUCCCUUCUUUCUAUCCAUUGAUAAUCAUGAUGCAUUAGAAGAUAACGAUCCAUCUAAGGCACAAAUGCGAGCGGCGGCUUAUCAGGCGUGGUAUGAACAUAUGCCGGUGCGUGGUUACAAGGCGCCGGGAGAUAAUCAUUUUGAUAUUCAUCGUCGGAUCGCGGUGGGCAACCUGGCCCAGAUCAGCAUGCUGGAUUCCAGGCAGUUUCGCGAUACCCGGGAAAUCUGCACUGGGGACUAUGACCCGAGUUAUGGUUUCGGUAACUAUCGGGAACGUUGCCCGGCCGUAUUCGCUGAAGAGCGCACCAUGUUAGGCAAAGCCCAGGAGGAUUGGCUGACCAGUUCCAUCAGCGAAAACUCCAGCACCUGGAAUGUCCUUGCGUCACCAGGUCCCUUCCUGCCGUUUUCUUACCAGCAUAAUGGUCAGGAUUUACGCUACAUUGGUGCCUGGGAUGCUUAUCCUGCUAACCGGCAGCGUGUCAUGGAUGCUUUUACCCGGGCCAGGUCCGGGCAUCCACUGAUUUUGAGCGGAGAUGUGCAUUCAUUCUGGGCGUUGGAUGGCGCUCGCGCAAAGCAGGCAGGUGAACAGUUUCCACUGGUGGAGUUUGUGACUUCAGCCAUCAGCGCCAACUGGCCGCCACCAUUGGCUCAGCCCGUUACAGACAACCUGCCAAAUAACCCGCAAUUGACGUUUUACGAUCCCAUCUAUCGCGGCUACCUGUUGCAUGACGUCACCAGCAAAGCCUGGACAACCUCUGCGCGCGGGGUUGAAGACAUGCGGGACCCCCAGUCAGCAAUCCGUACUCUGGCCAAUUUUAAGGUGUCUCAUGGCAAGCCGGGCUUUCAUCAGGACACCGAGUUGUGA